CAUCAUAUAUAAACCCUUGCCUCUCAUUUCCACAGAUAAAUUUGCAGAAUUUUUUUGGUCAAUAUCAAUUGACAGUAGCUUGUGAUUAUUAUUGUUUACAUGUGCUUUCUCAAGGUGGCUAAUAACAAAGACUCAACCGAUUCCCAUGGUGGCCGCGAUCAUCAACAUAAUCAACAACAACAUGUGGAGGAGGCGGUGCCACCUCUGUAUUCAGUGCAAACAAGCGCAGGAGAGAUGUCCGCAAUGAUCUCUGCCCUCACCCAUGUUGUGUCAGGCCAUAGAAGUGGCUCUUGGGGUCUUGCUGAUGUUCAUGCGAGGCCGAGUUCAGGCCCUUCUGGUUCUGGCACGAUUUGGAUUGGAAAAAAGAGAGGCCGCCAAGAAGAAGAAGAUUAUCGUCAUCAUCAGUUGAUUGAAUCGGUGGUGCCGCCAGGGGUUUAUGCAGGGUUUGGGGAUUUUCAAUCUUCUUCUACAGUAUCAUCAUCGCUAUCAGAAACUGGUACAACAACGAUUGUCCCUCCUCCGCCGGCCAGUACACCACCAACGCCAACACCGUCGACGCCAUCAACGGAAGCCUACGAAGAAUCCGGAGAGCGAAGGAGGAGGUAUCGAGGAGUACGACAGAGGCCGUGGGGGAAAUGGGCAGCAGAAAUCCGUGAUCCCCACAAAGCUGCGAGAGUUUGGUUAGGCACAUUCGACACCGCAGAGGCAGCAGCCAGAGCCUACGACGAGGCCGCCUUACGAUUCAGGGGAAACAGAGCAAAACUCAAUUUCCCAGAAAACGUUAGGCUAAUGCCACAACAACAAGCAAUCUCCAGCACUCAAUCAAGACAACUUUCCCAACAAUUUACAUCACCGAAUGUGACAUUGCCUCCUUUCUUUCACUCACCGCCGUUCCAGGUCUCGCCGGAUACGAUGAGAGACUACUGGGAGUACUCGCAGUUGCUGCAGAGUUCGGGCGAUUUUCAUGUCCACCAGCCUUCAACUUUGCUUGAAGAAAUGUAUUACAAUUCAGAGUUGGCUUCUAUGCAAUCAACAAUGCCUUCUUCUUCUUCUUCUGGUUCAUCCUCCUCUGCUUCACUUCCCCUGUUUUUUUCUACCCAACAGCAGCAACAGCAACAGGGUUUUCUCCGGCCGCCGCCGCCACCACAACAUCAUCACAGCGAGGACUUUCCGGUUCUACCAUGGUCACAUUCCGGUCAUGAUCCUUCCUCUACAAGUUAAUUUUAUUCUAUACAAAAUUUUGAAAUAUAAUUUUAAAAAAAAACAUAAAUUUGCAGAUUUUAUCUGUUAUUAUUAUAGAUUAGGUUCAUUAAUUGUUUUUGUUUGUUAAGAAAAAGAGGCUAAAGAAGAUAGUGUCAAUUUUAGUAUUAUUCUGUUGAUUGGAACCACAGAUGCAGUAGCUUCUGUAGAAGCUGUCUCUGAUUUUGCUUACAAUCAUAGAUUUUAUUAAAUUAAUCAAGCUUUUUUUUCUUAUUAAUGAUAUUGUGCGGUUGGUAAUUAAUUAAUUAUCUGUUUUGAUU